ACGAAAUAAAACUGAACAAGCAGAGAAAUUAGAAAACAAUAUGAAAAAGCAAUUAGAAUUUAAUAUAAAAUGCCAACAACGACAACAAUUAGAAGCAAACCAAAUGAAAUCUACUAUUGAAGAGUUUGAGAAAAAAAUCCAUAGAAUGCAAGAAGAGUUGAAUACUACUAAACAAAAAAACGAUGAAUUGACAAACGCAGUUGCACGAUUUCAGACCUCAAGCGAGUUUGAUAAGAAAAUUCAAUCGAAAAAUAUUAACGAAGCAAAAAUUGAAAUCGGGAAAUUGUCAAUUCAAAAUAAAAAAUUAACAUUCGAAAACAAAUGUCUUUCGAAGUUGAAAGACGAAAAUAAACUAUUACAAUCCAGAUUAAUGACCGGAGAACGGAAUUUGUUGUACCUUCAAACGAAAUUUGAUAAAUUGUAUAACGAGAAAGAACGUCAGAUAAAUGCAUCGAGAAUACCCAAAUUGUAGUUCCAAUGAAGAAGAAAGUCCCUUUUCCAGUUUUAUUCAAGCACAAAAUGUCCACGAUUUUAUAAUUACCCAUACAAUACAUAAGAUAGGUACCUAGGUAAUACUAUUGGUUAUAAAUAUACAAGCUUUCAUAAUCAAUGGAAAUACUUCCAACGACCGGGUAUGUGUUUAAAAUAAUAUUCUAUUUUGAUAUAUUUUGUAUUCUGUGUAGAGUUUUGGGGAGAUGCUCGUUUAACAUAUUAUUAUUAUAGGUGCGAUA